ACGCAUGCAGCUGGAGCUAGAGUCCCAGUCGGCGUCUCCUGGAGCUGAACCAAACCAUCCCGGCGGAGGCGUUUCGGUGUGUUCCUGCCUCCUCUUUGAAGCUUCCCUUCUGCACGCGGCGAAGAGAGCAGCUGUCCCCCCCGCGCGCUCGCGCCGCCGGCAACAGAGCCGCGUGCCAGAUGGAUGUGCGCUCUCUACUGCGUCGCAUCUCUCCAAGUGUGAAGACUCUUUCCGCCAAUGUGUGUCCCUUUGCUUCUCAAACUUGGACCGCUGCCUCGGUUCGUGGCGAGAAAACGUCCAGGCUCUCUCCCCUCCAGCUCUGCAGCUCUGCAGCUCUGCCUCUUGCUGACUAACAAGACCGUGAAAUGGAUUGUGUAUAGCUCAGUAGACUACUAUUACUAAACUAUCAACAAACCAACUUUUCCUCUGCAGAUGUCCGUCAGGUCUGAUUGGAAGACGGUUCACUGGGAUUGACCGGAGACGCUUAAAACACAUUUCUUUGAUUUUUUGCCUCUUAUCUCACCUGGAGUAAUCUGACCAUAAAAAAAAAAAAACAAUCCAAGAACCUGAUUGAAGACGUUACAGGAGCGGGCACGAUGCUCAGCUUUCUUGACUCUUGUGAGGGCUUGACGCACACGGGGAGCGAACUGAGACGGUGUACACUAUGUUGAAUCAUUGCUGAGGACCGAGUCGCUUCUCUCCGCGGGGUGUUUUUUUUUUUUUUUUUUUGGAGCACAGCAGCCGGAGGAUGACGAGCGGGACCCGGGAGGCGCCGGUGAACUCUUCCCCGGCGGUGGCGGCCAACGCAGAGGGCGAGGAGAUCGAGGUUUUGGAAAGCACCGACGUCCUGCCUGUGGCUCCAGAGGACCAAUGGAAGUCUCUGUUUGACAAGUAUGACCCAGACAGCUCAGGCUUCAUCAGCACAGAGCGGUUCAGGGACCUGCUGGCGACCCACGGCUCGGAGCUCGACCCCCACAAGCUGGAAGUUCUGUUGGCUCUCGCCGACGGCAACGCGGACGGAAAGAUCUGCUACCAAGACUUUGUCAACCUGAUGAGCAACAAGCGUUCCAACAGUUUCCGGAGGGCGAUCCUUCAGGGCAGCAGGCAGCUGAAAGGCUGCAGCCUGAGAGAUGAGGUGGGCCUGGGUCUGCCCCAGAGGCUCGUCCGACAUGUCGCUUACGAGACGCUGCCCCGUGAGGUCGACCGCAAGUGGUACUUUGACAGCUACACCUACUGCCCACCUCCCUGGCUCAUCCUGGUCAUCACUAUUGCUGAGGUAGCCGUGUUCAUGUACUACGGGUUCCAGCUGGACCGCCUGGUCCUGCAGGUGUCCAGUCCGUCUUUCCUGAAGAGCCCCUUACCUUACCACCCUCAGCUGCGGGCCCAGGCCUGGAGAUACCUCAGCUACAUUUUCAUGCACACUGGGUGAGUUCACAUCACGCUGUCGGUUUCUAAUUAUAAGGGUAAGGCAAUGCUGCACUUC